AGUAGCAUUCCUCUCUUUCUCUGUCUCUGUCUCCAUCUCCAUCUCCAUCUCCAUCUCCAUCUUUCUGAACCUCUUUAUCAUCUUUUGUAUCAAAAGCUUGUAACAGAGAAAGAGCAGGGGAGAAGAAGAUGGGAAGAGCACCAUGCUGUGAGAAAGUUGGGUUGAAGAGAGGGAGGUGGACAACAGAGGAAGAUGAGAAGCUUGUGAAGUACAUUGCAGAGCAUGGUGAAGGAUCAUGGAGGUCACUGCCUAAGAAUGCUGGAUUGCUGAGAUGUGGCAAGAGUUGUAGACUGAGGUGGAUUAACUACUUGAGAGCUGAUUUGAAAAGAGGAAACAUCUCUAGAGAAGAAGAAGAAGCCAUUGUUAAACUCCAUACUACUCUUGGAAACAGGUGGUCAUUGAUAGCAAGUCAUCUUCCAGGAAGAACAGACAAUGAAAUCAAGAACUAUUGGAACUCUCAUCUGAGUAGGAAGUUACAGAGGUUCAAUGACUCUGAUCUAAUUCUGAUCUCAGACAAUGAAAAACUUAAGAAAAAGAGCAAAUCAUCAAAUGUUAAGAAGAUUAAGAGAAAGGACAACAAAAAGCCUGAAUCAUUACCAUCAUCAUCAACAACAACAACAACAACAACAUCAUCAUCAUCAUCUUCUUCUUCUCUAGUCCAAAGUGAGAGCAAUAUUAAUGUAUUGGAUCAAAGCACUGAAAGAAGUACUGGUCAUGAAGUGGUGGUGCCACAAGAGGAUCAAAAUGGAAAGAUGAACAACAACUCAAGUGAGGAGAGGGAGUGUGGAUCACUUGUGACAAGUGAAGAGAGUGAUAAUGGUGUGAAAGAAUGGGGAGUGGGAAAAUGGUUGGGGAUUAAUGAAGAUGAAGUUAAGUCCAUGAAUAUAGACCAGUUGGUUGAUUGUUGGGGAAUGGAGUUUUGGGAUGAACCAUGGAUGUGGGAUUGUGGAAGUGAUGAGUUAUUGUUGCAAGAACAGUCUGUCACUAAUUGGCUUAUCUGAGAGUGUUUAAUUUAAUGAUGUGAGUUUAUUGAAGAUAAUUUGUUAUGUAGAGGCAGGACUACCCUUUUGUAUUAUUGUAAGUUGCAGUGUUGCCAUUGUAGGAAUAAUCAUGCAUGUUUUUCUGCUGUUGAUCAGCAAAGGAGACUUUGGUCUUUGUGAAUUGUUUGUGGAUAGUUUGCAAUGCCUAUUUGAGUUCA